UGCACAAAACAUUUGAGAUCUUCAGGCACAUCUAAUUAACACUUCCUUUGUCUCUUAAUUCCUGUUCUUUCAAUUCAAUUCACCAAUGGCCCAAGCUUGCAUCUCCAAGGCAGUUAUGUUCUUUUUUGUUGUUGUCCUCGCGGUGGUUGCCUCUGUGUCAGCUCAGGCUCAAGCUCCUGCACCGUCAAUGGACCCCGGAGCUGCCUCCUCUAUGCCGGUUUCCGGAAGUAUUCUGGCUUUCUCUCUUGUCAUUUCUCUUCUUGCUCUUUUGAAGCAGUGAAAUGUUGAUGUGUUUUGGAGGGUGGCUGCAGAGUGCCCUGUUUUGGGCAUUUUGUGAUAUAGAUUAUGGUAAUUGCAUUGUAUGAAUUCAUUGUUUUAUUGUAUUUAAAAAAAUUUGAUUUAUGUAAUGAAUAAUGUUCAUUGUUUACAUAAAUACUGUUUGUAUUUGUUACUUUGGUUUUGUAUAUUUUGUUACCCAAUAUGAAAAUAAAAUUCUUUGGUAACC